UUGUGAAGUGGGCGUUUACUGGCACUUGGCUCGUCAUGUAUGUUAAUAAUCUAAAGAGGAAGGAAACGAAGCCGCUCAACAGCCUCACAUCUGCCUUCUGCUUACUGACCGUAGAGGAAAGACGUCUUUAAGGACGACGACCUUCUUCAGACCUCACAGAGAGAUGAGAGGAGCAGCUAUGAGUUUAAGUGCAGCAGCCAGUGGAUUUGUUGUCUUCCUCCUCUCUGUGUCAGUGGUACAGGGUCGGGAUGGCUGGGCAGUGACUUACACUCCUACUGAGAUCUGUGCCUUAAGAGGAUCAACAGUGGUCAUGAGAUGCACCUACACAUACCCAUCCAGGAUGAAUGGCCUGAAACCCACCAUUGAGGAAGCAACCUGGUUUGUUAAAAUGAGCAGAAAUGAACCUGUUGAGGUGGAAAAAGACCCACAGUAUUCAGGUCGUGUGAUCCUUCUGUGUGGUGACAACGACUGCACUCUGAGAAUCACAGACCUGAGAGAGAGCGACUCAGCUGAGUACAAGUUCAUGUUCAAAUUAAGCCAACAUAAAAGACAUAUUGGUUCACCUGGAGUCACUUUGUCUGUCACAGCACAUUUAGAUGUCCAGGUGAAGGUGAGCAGAUCAGGGGUCUCCCAGUCUUCUAACUGGGCAGAGCUGAAGUGUCACAGCAGAUGUCCUCGACCUGAACGUCUUCACUACAUCUGGUACAAGAAUGGACAGAAGAUUGAGGGACAAACAUCUCGUCUUUAUUCAGUGUCCUCUGGUCCUGCAGACAGCUUUUCCUGUGCUGUAGAAGGAUAUGAGGCCUUCCGCUCUCCUCCAGUGUGUCCAUCCAGUCCUCUGACUCUGGACAGUAUUACUGUACAGCUGAGAACGAGCUGGGGAGGACGACGUCUGAGUCCAUCUCUGUGGAUGUGAAAUGUGAGUGAAACAGUUUGUUUAAAAACAACAAACAUCCUGAAUGUGUUCAGCCUUUGCAGGAGAAGAAGCAGAACGAGAAGUUUUACUGUUUAGGUCCACUUUCUUCAGCUCUUCUUGCUUCACAUUCACUCCAACGUCUCACAUCCAUUUGUCAGACCACAUUCAGUCUAAAAUGCUGACACACAAAGCAACAGUUUGAGUCAAAUCAAAUCAUUU